AUGCAGCAGGCGCCUCCUAGCUGCUGGGGCGUCAAAAUCACGCUUUCCCCCGCAUCGCACAGCUGUGCUGCGGCCGGACCGGGACUGUGAACGUGUGGCCUCGGAACUGAACAGAUUUAAAAGGACGUGACCUGCAGUGUGAUGCAGCUGUGUGAUGGGAGAAUCGGUCGAGCAGGAUGGGCAACAAGCAAACAACGUUCACCGAGGAGCAGCUGGAGGCGUAUCAGGAUUGCACGUACUUCACUCGGAAAGAGAUCCUACGGUUACACAGUCGGUACCGUGAGCUGGCUCCACAUUUAGUGCCACUGGACUACACCAACAGCCCCGACAUCCGAGUCCCUCUGACGCUGAUCGUCACCAUGCCCGAGCUGAAGGAGAACCCGUUCAGAGACAGAAUCGUGGAGACGUUCUCCGAGGACGGACUGGGGAACCUUAGCUUCAACGACUUUGUGGACAUGUUCUCUGCGCUGUGUGAAACCUCCCCCAGAGAACUCAAGACCAUCUACGCCUUCAAGAUCUACGACUUUAACAGGGACAACUUCAUCUGCAAGGAGGACCUGAAGAAGACUCUGAACAAGCUGACCAAAGGAGAUCUGACCUCAGAGGAGGUGGCUCUGGUCUGCGAUAAGGCCAUUGAGGAGGCCGACCUCGAUGGGGACAGCAAGCUCUCGUUUGCCGACUUCGAGAACAUGAUCUCAAAGGCUCCAGAUUUUCUGAGUAACUUCCACAUACGAAUAUGAGACAGCAAAGGGCAGAUGUCUCUGAUCCAGACGCCGCCUGAACCUGAACCCAGACCCAGUGCCUGUCCUCUUUAUCAUCGCUGAGGUUCCUGCAGAACCGGGGACUUGAGUCUACAGAAUCUCACCAGCGAGGACGUGUGAGAGGAAGUGGACCAAGAUGAGAAGGAGCGAUGACCCAAGAGGGGGCCAACUUUACACCAAGCGAGUUUCUCUGCCGCUGGUUCCGUCUCCCUGGACUCGACGGGACGACGGCGCCGCAGCCGAUUCCGAACAGGGCUUUUCUGACUUCAGUGCUUUGAUCUGCUUUCGGUUUUAAAAGCACACGUUAAAGGGCAAACAAGAGGAGCUAUGCAAUAUUUCUCGAUGAAGUGCAUGUUGUAAAUAGCUUCUAGCUGUGGUUCCAGCUCUGGUGCAUAAUGACAAUCAUAGUAAACUGUAGCUCAGCUGACGGAAGGGCUCCGCCAUCACACACGUUUUCCUGCCUCCAACACACUUUCACUCAUCCGAGACAAGAGGUUUUCUGCUAGCGUCAAAUAAAAGGUUUUCUGUUGCUCGA